UACUUCGGUUUUUAAAUAGCUCAGAGUUCAAUAAGACGCCUGGCGAGGGAGGACGGCGUCAGAAUGGCUACGUUCGACGAUUCAGAAAUGUAUACGGAUCCUCUUUAUGUCGAGGGUCUUGUUAAAUGUCAGGAGCACUGCCGUGAGCCCAUCUCUAAUGAAUCGCGGGAGGAGAUCUACGCCAACUUCCGGAAUUCGUGGUACUGGAAGGAUCACCAAAACAAACGACGGAUUCAACAGAUCCUCGAUGAGAAAUACAACUUUGCCCCUUUUCGGCCGUAUGAGGCGAGCAGGGUCUUCUACCAGAAUGUGACUCGGGUCAGAGUCACUUGCAUUUACUGCAGCUGCGUACUGCUCACUUACGAUGUUCUGGAGGCCCAUCAUGCUGGCAGGAAGCACAAGAGACAAUUUGAAAGAGUGCAAAUAAAUAAUCUGGAACAACCAGGUUCUCACAGAGCCGGUAAAUCCCAGGAAAUAGUCAAUGAGUCACAUGUUAUAAAUCAUGACCUAUUGGCCUCAGGUUGUGAACCACCUGUAGUAGUACCUAAACGUCCUGGGGAAGCUUUUGAGCCAUCUGUAAUCAGCCAUAAGGUAACAGCAGUACAGGAUAAGAAUUCUGAUGCCAGUUUCCACAAGACACUUGUUGCCAGCAGGAAAGCACCCGCCGGAACAGCAGUACAGAGACCAGCCAAAAAACAGAAAUCAACUCAACUGUAGAAGUUAAAGGGAUCGAUGGCAGUGAGGUUUUUACACAUGGUAUGGAACCAGUUAACUAAAACAGGAAGUGUUUAGGUGAAAGUGAUGAGAGAAGAUGUGAAAAAAAGAUGGGGGGAAAGCUAAUGGAAUGAGGAAAGGGCAACAAGAAAAAUUUGCUCUCUCUCUCUCUCUCAAAAAAAAAAAAAAAAAGUUUCUUUUUUGGGUAAUUCUAGUAAUGUUGGUUUUGUAGUAUGUAAAUGAUUCGGUUAUCUUUGGCUAAAUUCUUUAUGGAUUACUCACACCUAGAGAUAGUUGGAGAGUUGACUGGAGUGAACCCUUAAGAGGAAGAGAAAAGAAUGUAAGCCUGAAUAUCAAAUAAUUAUACAUGAGUCAGUCCUUGUCAUAUAAUUUGUUUUGUUAUAAUUUACCCAAAAGCUUGUUAACUUUUGUUCCUAAUUUCAAGAAGGCAUGUGCUCAAAUUUUGCUUAGUGAAAUUCAGUACUAUACAAUGUAAUGAUUUACAAACAUUUCACACCUCACAGCCUAAACUCAUAUUUUUUAGGUAUAAUACAAGAUGAUCCUUAGUUGAAACUUAUAUAUAUAUAUAUAUAUAUAUA